AUGGCCUCGAUCCAGGCUAUCGAGCAGACUUCGGUGCAUCAAAUACAGUCAGGUCAAGUCAUCGUAGAUCUCAAUUCCGUCGUCAAGGAACUGGUCGAGAACAGCCUCGAUGCCGGCUCUACGUCGAUAGAAGUCCGCUUUCGCAAUCAUGGUCUCGACGCCAUUGAGGUAAUUGACAACGGUACUGGUAUCGCGCCAGAAGACUUUGAGUCUGUCGCACUCAAGCAUCAUACAUCCAAAUUACGUAGUUACGAUGAUCUUGAAAACCUGGACACAUUUGGCUUUCGAGGUGAAGCACUCGCUUCACUUUGCGCCUUAUCCCAGCUCUACAUCAUCACAGCUCGCGAGGUGGAUCUGCCAAGAGGUACUCGUCUAGAUUUUGAGGUAUCCGGCAAACUCAAGGGUACGAGUACUAUUGCUGCACAGCGGGGAACAAAGGUCGUCGUCGAAAGGAUCUUUCACAACCUACCUGUCCGCAAAAAGGAACUGGAGAAGAACAUAAAGCGCGAGUACAGCAAGGUCCUGACGCUUCUGCAAGCAUACGCCUGCAUCAGUACUGGCGUCAGGUUUACCGUCAGCAAUCAGAUGCCCAAAGGAACAAAAGUCUCGUCCUUCUCUACCAAUGGCAGUGCAGCUACCAAGGACAACAUCAUCAAAGUUUUUGGCUCGAAAAGCCUACGGGACCUGGUUGCGCUCGACCUCAAGUUUGAGAUGCAGCCUACCACAUCCGCGCUUUCAACUGAUGAUGGCUCAUCUCGCGGGGUCAAAGUUGAAGGCCACAUAUCCCGACCAGUGUUGGGAGAAGGUCGUUCAGCGCCAGACCGACAAAUGUUCUAUGUCAACUCGCGGCCUUGCAGUCUUCCUCAAGUUGCAAAAGCCGUCAACGAGGUCUACAAAUCCUUCAACAUUUCGCAGUCUCCUUUCGUUUUUGCGAAUCUGAUCAUGGACACGAAUUCUUACGAUGUCAACGUCUCUCCUGACAAGCGAACUAUUCUUCUGCAUGAUCAGGGUGUGUUGCUCGAAUCGCUCAAGGAAGCCCUCAUGGAGCUGUUCGAGUCUCAGGAACAGACUGUACCACAGACGAAGCCCGCUCUCACUCAACCGAAGCUCCCAGCAUACAAGCCACUUACUGUCGUACGAGAUUCGGAACCAGAAGCUACUGAGGAAACUACCACAGAGCCACCAAUGCCCCGCGCAAAACCAGACCAGUCAGACGAAGAACACCCGGAGGCGGUUACUCAAACAGGUCCGCCUGAACGCUUGAUCCAUAAUUGGUUGGGCAGAGGCGCUCAAGAUCGGGAUGAUGUUCCAAAAAGACCAGACAAACCACCGGUCCAGAAUGCUUUCGAUCGUAUGCGUCCGCAACGUACUCCUCAACAAGUAGCCGAGAUCACAAUUGGAGACAAGACCACACGAACUGUUAUCGGUAAUGGGCCUUAUACUCCCAAAAGGCACAAAAUCCACAUCCCAAAGAACUCUGUGGCAAAGAAGUUGAGCCGAUUUGCGAUGCCUGGUACCCAGGUGGAAAGCGAAGACCAAUCUUCUGAAGAAGAGAGUGGUUCUGGUGAAGAGAAGAAACAGCAAGAUGCUGAAGACAGCGAUGAAGAGGCGCUGUUUGUGGCUCAAACAAAUGACCGACAGACUGCUCAUGCAAAGGAGCGAUCGUCCGAACUUACUUCUCAAACAUUGGCAGACUUGCACACAAGCCCUAUCGAUGAGUUCUUGCGCAGCACGGAGGAUGCUGAUAAAGAGCUCAGUACAGCUAGCGAGAUUGGCCCCGAGUCUGACCAAGAGUACCUGGACGAAGAGGAGAGACGGCUCCAAGAAGAUGCCAGAAUCGCUCGAAUGAUUCAAGAAGCAGAAGAUGAGGCUGCCCGCCCAUCGCAUGACAACAUCAGACGCGCUACUCAGGCUCUUCGAACGUCGAAACAUAAAACACUGAAUCUGAGUCAAGCAUGUGAUGCCUCGACAAGCUCCAUUUCGGAACAGGCGGCUCUGCUCUCACUGGUUUCAGCGAUUUCACAGGAAGCCUCUCAGCCGGCAAAGGCUAUCGCUGAUGAUAUAGAUCAAGCAGACGCGGAAGCCCGUCUCUCACUGACUGUAUCAAAGUCUGACUUUGGUCAAAUGGACAUCAUCGGACAAUUCAAUCUUGGUUUCAUCCUUGCAGUACGGCCUCCCAGCGAAACAGUCACAUCGUCUGACCUGUUCAUCAUUGACCAGCAUGCGGCUGACGAGAAGUACAACUUUGAACGCUUCACCGACACUCUGACGUUAGAACCACAGCGCUUGGCACAACUCAAACAAUUAGAGCUCACGGCUAUAGAGGAAGAGAUUGUCCUUACGCAUACCAAAGCACUCACUGCCAAUGGUUUCGUCAUUGAGACAGAUACUUCUGGCGCGAGCGACGUAGGAUUACGCUGUAAGCUGCUUACACUACCCACGAGCAAAGACGUCACAUUCGACCUGAGCGACCUGGAAGAGCUCCUUCAUCUGCUUUCUGAACAUUCUGGUGGUGUCAUCCCGCGCCCAACCAAGGUGAGAAAGAUGCUGGCGAUGAGAGCUUGUCGUUCCAGUAUCAUGGUUGGCAAGUCCCUCAAAGAGAAUCAGAUGCUCAAGGUUGUGAGAAACCUGGGUGAGAUGGAUAAGCCCUGGAACUGUCCUCAUGGUAGACCAACCAUGAGGCAUCUUGCUGACUUGAGCACCUGGGGCUUUGGUGAUACCGAGGUCACAGAGACGGAUUGGAAAGGCUGGGUGAGGAAGGCAAAGAUGGAGCAG